AAAAAUUGUAAUUAAAGUUUGAUUAGUUAGUUGGGGAAAAAAAAAAGAACAAAAAAGAAGAGUGCAUGCAAGGCUAAAAUUGAAUUUAAUGAAGGAUGGUAAAAAAUGGAUGAAGAAUCGCUUGGUUUUGGUCAUGGAUUGAUGCAUUGGUGGAAUAUUUGGGGUUCAAGGAAAUGUAGGAGUAGAAUUCUACGAAAGCUCAAGAGUUGGUCCAUGGAAAAUGAUUGUGAGGAAGGGUUAGGAAAGGCAGAAGGGGCAUGGUGGCUUUGAUUUUGUCGGUUGAAAGUCUCAUAUGUUACAAUACUGAUCUGUACAAGUCGUCUAGUUGUGUAUGCUAAUUGGACUCUGAUUCCAAUUUUCAUAAACUGUGAAUGUUGUAUUGCUCUUGUUUUAUCCACACUUUCUUGAUUUGUAUUACCAGCAAUAACGUUAAGGGAAUGAUCACCAUAAGAAAUAAGGUUUUUUAGU